GAAGCGACAGACAAUGGUUGGGGUGCGGUAGACACCACUCUGUAGUAACGCCAAAAAUAUUCGUCUUGGGCCUUAUGUAAUAAAGUGAGAAGUGAGAAUGCUUUUCGCAGACGGUGCGGAGGAACAGGUAACAAGUCAAAAAUUUUAGGUUUGAAUUCUCUGAUUUUACUCUGGGAUGUUAUUUAAUUGGAUAUGUUAUGAUUAAUCAGAUAUGGAGAAGGCUACACGAGCCAGGGCGCAAAUACAAUAUCACUAUCAAAUUCUUAAGAUUUAUUAUUUUCACAGAACGAUCAAGGCAUUCAAACAAGUACGAUGAAAUAUUUAAGAAUAUUACUUCUAAUCCUCUUUUGUGGCUGUAGUCUUCCUCAAGGCUUGGAUUCCGAAAUGACUACAAAUGGGUCUGAAUAUAACAAGAACGGCGACGCCGAUUCGUUAAAAAAACGUACGGAAGAGCUAGGACAAGCCAAUGAAAAAGAAAAACUCGGAUUGCCCGUCACUACCGAACGAACUAUACAGGCUACUUCUUUAAUACCAACGAUGGCAACGCCUAACGCAGUUAUACAUUCAAUGAUCGCAGUACCUGCGACAAUGGACAGGCCGAUUCCUACAAUGUCGCCGAUGUCACCGUCAGGAUUACGAGGUAAUUCAGAUACCACGAAUACGGAGGGAAAGAUGAAUUCAACCACGCAUGUGCCUGAUAUUUUAGAAGUUGGUACAACUCCAGCAGCAAAUCAAAUCUCUCCUUCAAGCGGGAAUACAUCUAAAAGUAAUGCGUCCAAAAGUGAAGACAAGUGGAUAGAGGGCCUCUGUAGUUAUCCAAUUUAUAACAAUCGUGAUGCCUGUAUCGGUUACUUGGACUAUUAUACACAGCAUUUGUCACUCUGUGAGUACAGGGGUGGCGUUGUGGUGUUUGCGAUUUUCGUCGCAUCACUUGGAUUGACUAUUAUUCUUCUUAACUGCCUGUUGCCUGUUGUUGUAUGGCAAAGGUCUGACAUGAGAACUCAGUAUGAUUAUAUAAAAGUUUCUUUAGCAUUUGCGGACAUGAUUCCUGGCUUUUUAUUACUGACUGCCGUGAUACCGAACAUGGUUUGGGUCAGACAACAUAGCGAAAAACAAGUGGUAGAAAUGCUGCAUAAUGAUACAAACUCUCCUACUGCAGUCAUAGUUGGAUCUUUGUUGACGAUGUCGGGACAGGCCUCUCUUCUACACCUCAUGUUCUUGAGCAUCGAGAGAUUUAUCGCCAUCACGUGGCCAUUUUGGCAUUUACUGCGAAAAACUCGAACGAUAAUUGUGACUUUGAGUUUGUUAUGGAUAGCUUCAUUUCUAUGUGCAUUUGUUCCAGCCGAAUUUCCGCAAUACUUCGAAUACAUAUUUCAACCAUCUUUGUUAAUUCACUACAUGACGUUGAAAACAAUAAUUGGAACAUCGGGAAAAGUAGAAUACGGAAUACAUGGCCCUCUGUACACGUCGAUUACCAUGAUUCUACCUUUUACAAUUAUGUUGGUGGUAUGCAUUUUGACGGGUAUUUCAUCAUACAGGAAAUUGAAAUCGAGAACAAAAACAUUUAGAGCCGGUGGAAAGUUUCACGCCGCAUCUGGCUCGGCUGUUGUCGACGGUAAACAGUCAUCCACUGGCGUGGCUGCAGAACCCCGACUUAAACCAACGACAAGCUUACGACAAAAAUUGCGGCCCGAAGUGUCAGUAUUCAUUACUAUUGUGACAAUGAUUAUUGGAUUCACAGUAACCAUACUUCCCUUUGGGAUCGUUUUGAUCCUAUUUGUAGCGAAGACGUUGACAUGUUCAACAUACACUACUUCAUUCGUUCUUACAUUCUACGGCGGCCUAGCUAACGGCUUCAUCAAUCCGAUAAUUUACAGUUUUCGAGACGAAAGAUUCAGAACAGCAGUUAAGAAGCUAUUUAGCAAAAGAUCAGAAAAUAAGCCUAUGGCGACCACGACUACCAACGUAUCAAGUGGAAGUUGUAAUUCUAAAUUAUGAUAGUGCGGAAUCUUAUACAAGUUACAACCAUUAAACGCAAAAAAUUCAUCACGUAAAGAAAUGAAAAAUCAAAGACCAAAAUAUUGAACAUAUUUUCUUAAUAUUUUUACUGAACGAUCUCGCCUGAGCUCCGUAAAAGAAAUGACACGCAGAAGUAGAUUUGGGAGCUGCUGGUUUUAGUAACUCCGUAUGAGGCGCAGAGUUUGGGCUAAGCAAUAAUCUUAUCGGAGUUGGAACCAGAGGACUUCAGACUCAGAAGACCAAAAACGCUCACCAUGGGUUUAGCUUGUAGGAAAAUGCUACCGAAUCAUAUAUUUAACUUUGGUUUCCAGUGUUGAAUAGAAAGUAUACUUUUGAAAAUGAGAUAUCAAUAAUAAUCAAAUGCCAAUUAAUGUGGUGACGACUGACGUGGUGUUCAGGGACUCGUUUUACUAUAAAAGCAAUUCUGAUAUUGAUAUACAAUCAGAAUACUGACAGUGUGUACCCUUUGAAUUGCAUAUAAUGUUGUUUUUAUCGUGAAAAUGGUAUAUUUCGUAUUAUGUGGUGAGGAUAAAUUUUGAUGAAUAAACCUCAAUUUAUUAAGUAAA